CAACUGUUGUGUCUAGCUUUCCAGAAGUUACGUCAACUGGCUGUAGCGCUCACAGUUCGACACGGAGGGCACAUGGGUAUCUAGGAGAUCACUUGACACUUAGAUGCAAGUUAAAGGCUGCUGUGACAUACAAAAGGAAAGGAGUGCUGUGUAUGUAACAAGUGAGAAAGAAGGGCAGCGCUGUGCAGCGACAAAAGGGUGGCCCGUGGGACGGAGGAGCGGACAUCCCAGGCCGAAAGGAGAGCAGCGCGGUGAGGGAGGAGCCGUCUGACGGAUACAGAAAACCAGAAGAGAAAUUGAGCUGCUUUCCACAGUGACAUCAAUGGCACCACCUUUACCGAAGUGGAAACGUGAAGAGGAAUUCUUCAAACAGAAGGACAGGCAAAUGGAAGAAGAGGAAAAUUUACUCAAUAUUGUAGUUGUCGAUGACUUGGAACAAAGACCUUUCAAAAUCAAGGAAGAAGAAGACGAGGAGGAGUUUGAGCAGGAGUCUUUCUAUGUAAAACAAGAGAGCGGUGAAUGGGGCACUACUGAUAAUGACACCGAUGACGAGCACGAAAUAGUUUGUUUUAAAGUUGGAAUUUCUGAACAUCUCCCUGCCAGCUUUAAAACUCAAAAUGAUGAUGUUUCAGAUAGUUCCAAGGAAGAUACAUCAUCAGAAAUUACCGACUUUGAACUUGUGCAGAUCGGGGAGUGCUCUCCUCAGCCAAAUUUUGUUCACGUGAAACCUGAAAACAUGGAGUCUGAUGAUGAAGAAAAGGAAGAAGAACAGCCAUCGGCCUCAAAAUAUAUGCAAGAAGACAGCAGUCGUUCCCCGUCAUCAUUCUCUCUGGAUGCUGAAGCUCCUGAAACAAUGAGAAAAUCAAGGUUUUUAUCAAAACGUAAGAAUUUGCAGCACAGCAAAAGGUUCUCAGAUACAGAAGUCCCUCAGGAUUACACAAACACUCGCACAAAAUUCCAAGACAGAAAUAGUUUUAAGAGACGCAUGAUAAUUCCUAGUGGACAGAAGCCAUAUUCUUGUUCCGAGUGUGGGAAGCAAUUCACACAGUUCUGUCACCUUCAGAUACACACAAGAAUUCAUACAGGAGAGAAACCACAUUGUUGUUCUGUAUGUGGCAAAGAAUUUGCACAGCUCUGCCAUCUUCAAACACACAUGCGAAUUCACACAGGAGAGAGGCCAUAUAGUUGCUCUGAGUGUGACAAACGAUUCUCCUAUGUAAGCAGCCUUCAGACACACAUGAAAAGUCAUACUGGAGAAAAGCCACAUUUCUGUUCCGAGUGUGGCAAGCAAUUCUCUCAGAUUAGUCACCUGAAAACGCACAUCAGAAUUCACACCAGGGAGAAGCCUCAUUGGUGUUCUGAAUGUGGUAAGCAUUUCUCUCAAAUCAGCCAUCUUCAGAAGCACCUUCUAAUUCACACUGGAGAGAAGGCACAUUGUUGUUCCGAGUGUGGUAAGCAAUUCUCCCACAUAAGCAACUUACAGACACAUAUGAGAAUUCACACAGGAGAGAAGCCGUAUUCCUGUUCAGACUGCGGAAAGCAAUUCUCACACAUCAAUAGCCUCAAGUCGCAUAUACGAGUUCACACAGGAGAGAAGCCAUACUGCUGCACUGAAUGUGACAAGCGAUUCUCACAGUUAGGCCAUCUUCAGAAACAUCGAAGUACUCACACGAGAGCUGACAAUGAAGACAAACCACAUUGCUGUUCAGAAUGUGGAAAGUGUUUCUCAAACAUUAGCAAUCUUCAGAGACACAGUACAAUUCACACCGGGGCAAAGCCCCAUUGUUGUUCUGAAUGUGGCAAAAGUUUCUCCAAUGUAAGCAACCUGCAGAGGCACAUGAGAAUACACACAGGAGAGAAGCCACAUGGCUGUUCAGAAUGUGGGAAGCAAUUCUCCUAUAAGUCAAGCCUCCAGGAACACGUGCGAAUUCACACGGGCGAAAAGCCGCAUUGCUGUCCCGAAUGUGAUAAACGGUUCUCAUACAAAAAGAGCCUUCAGAGACACAUACGAUUUCACACUGGAGAGAAACCAUAUAGCUGUUUUGUGUGUGAGAAAAAGUUCUUGUACAGAAGCAGCCUUCAAAAGCACUUAGACUCUCAUGCAAGAGAAAAAUCGCUUUGCUACUCUGAGUGUGAUAGCACCCCUCAGACACACUCCAGUAUUCACACCGAGGAGAGUGAGCAGUUCAUUAAUGACAGUCCGUAAUAAUCUUAAUUAUCAAUUUCAUUAUUAUUUGUUAAUUUUGGACAAGCGUAAUUAUUAUUGAAACAGGAAUGCAGUGAUCCUUAUGUAGAUGAUGAAAUGCCACAUAGCAUUUAAUGAGCUUUUUGUUGGCACAUGAAAUAUUUUAACUGUCUUAUGCAUUGGUCAGAUUCCUGCCAGCUGUCAUGAAAAAGUUGGUGUGUUUCAGUCUCUGUUGUAAGGACCUGAAUGAUACUUUUGAUAAUGAUGAAGAAUUGGAAAGACAAUCCAUCUACUGUACUUACUCCUUUUCCUUAUCCCUAAACUGAAGAAUUCUUAAUGGGACUGCAUUGUGAUCUCUUCAGCUGCUAAUUGAGAAGUGAACCCACUGAAGAAAGGGUGCUGUCUGAACUGACAACCCGGAGGAGCUGGUGCUUGUUUUUAACCAGAUGUCACAACUGAGGAGGGCUACCCCCUUUAUUACCGUCCUCUAUCAUGUUAUGUGUUUUGCUUGCGUCUACUUGAAUCUCAAGGUAAAUAAUUCAAGUGAGACACAAUGUUUUGGAAGAAGGCAAAUAUAGAAAAGCAAGGCUAGGACCACAGCUCACUUCAGUGUAAAUGAGUCCUUUAUUUCAGUGUGUUUAUGUAUUAUAGGAAAGUAUUCAUUUUUCUGAUUAGUAAUCAAUAAAAUCAACAUUCAGUCAUAAGACAUCAGUUCUUUUAUUUUUUUUGGGCAAGUUUAUGUUAAAAUAAAA